AUGGCUGCUCCCGUCGCUCGUGGCGCCUUCCGCAAGGCCGUCAACCUUCCUCCUACCGCGACUACCGCUUACAGCGGCACUCCGGUUGCAGCUGGCAUCAACUUUGCCGUGCGCGCCCCUGCCGACCCUCACGCUCACGGACACGGCCCUUCCCUCCGAUCUGAUCCCCACCAGGUUCCCAAAUGGGCAUCCCAACUUCGCAACUCGAACGGCGUCCUCAGCUCGCGAUCUGGCGUCAAUGCCCUCCCCACCGUCGGCCAGCCUCGCUACUUCUCGUCCUCGUCGCGAAGCCUCCAGGCCACCCAGCCUGACCAGGUUCCCGACUUCUCGGGCUACCGCACCAAGACGCCCGACAGCAACAAGGCCUUCUCGUAUUUCAUGGUCGGCUCCAUGGGUCUGAUCGCCGCUUCGGGUGCCAAGGCCACCGUUUCUGAUUUCCUCGCUUCGAUGGGUGCCUCGUCAGAUGUGCUUGCGCUCGCCAAGGUCGAGGUGGACAUGAACUCGAUUCCAGAGGGCAAGAACGCCAUCAUCAAGUGGCGUGGCAAGCCCGUGUUCGUUCGUCACCGCACCAAGGAGGAGAUUGACGAGGCCAACGCCGUCGAUAUCUCCAAGCUGCGUGACCCGGAGAAGGACUCGGACCGUGCCAAGCGACCAGAGUGGCUCGUCAUGCUGGGUGUCUGCACUCACCUGGGUUGUGUGCCCAUCGGUGAGGCGGGUGACUUUGGUGGCUGGUACUGCCCUUGCCACGGUUCGCACUACGACAUCUCGGGUCGUGCCCGCAAGGGUCCUGCUCCUCUCAACCUCGAGGUGCCCGAGUACGACUUCAACGACGGCGAGAACAAGCUCAUCAUUGGUUAG